GACAAAAAAUGCCUCAAUGUACGUGAACUUUGAAACUAAUGCUACAGUCACACAGCCCUGAAGGAGUUUUAUUUUUGAUCUGGGUAUAACAAACCACAUGCAGUCAGUUUUGUCUGGUACAGACCAUAGACUGUAUAUGAAAAGGUACAGACAUUGGUGAAGCCUGGUAGAAAGCAGUUCACAGCGGAGCAACACGGAAGUGUCGGUGUCAAACCACAGUGAGGAUGGCGCUGCGGGCUGUUGGGAGUUGUUUGUCGCAUUUUCAGAGGAACUGUUUCAAGAUUGUCUCCAUUCAAACACGAGGGGAUGUCAGAUUCAAAAGAAGCUGCCCAGUUGAAGUGAGCCAUCUGGACCAUUUGGUUAUCACUGUGAAAAGUGUACCAGACACCAUCAACUUUUACACCUCAGUCCUUGGCAUGGAGGUUGUCACUUUCAAGGGAAACCGUAAGGCUCUGGGUUUUGGGCAGCAGAAGUUUAACCUUCACCAGUUGGGUCAGGAGUUUGAGCCAAAAGCCAAGCAUCCAACCUCUGGAUCUGCAGAUCUGUGCCUUAUAACCAAAACCCCUCUGGCUACAGUAGCUGAACAUCUGAAGGAUUGUGGAGUCAAGAUAGAAGAGGGUCCAGUGCAGAGGAGUGGGGCUGUGGGGACCAUCACCUCACUGUACUUCAGAGAUCCAGACAACAAUCUCAUUGAAGUGUCAAACUACAACCAGUCAACAUCAGAGGGAUCUUCCUGAGACCUCUUCGGCCUUAUUUGUGAACACAUGAAAAUACAUCCAAACUCUGCACCAACUCUGUCCGUCACGCCUACUUUGCACAAUUACUGUUUCAGCUAUGAGGCUUUGAGACUAAAAUGACUGUAGUUCAAACACUAAUUUAGACUGGCCUAGAUAACAUCGGUUGGCUGUGGAAAGACACAUUUCCUGUGUAGUUCUGCUGACUAUUAGUUGCUAUUUUAAUUAUGUGUGGAAAAGGGCUGUUUUGUUUUUUGUAAUACCAUGAAAGGUGAAAAAGUCAACACCUGACAAAGUUUAGUUAUAUAAGCAAAGCUAUGAGGCCUAUGAGGAUUUUUCUCUCUGUGCAACCAAAAAGUAAUAAAAGGUUCUUCCUUGUU